AUGGCGCUAACUGUGGUGUUCUUAUUGGCUCUUUCCCUGGCUUCAGCCCAAGCUGACAUCCAGGUCCGUUUGGCGGACGGUGGACCGAACUACGGGCGUGUGGAGGUGUUACACGGCCACGUCUGGGGGACCGUAUGUGACGACAACUUCGGUAAAGAGGACGCCGACGUCGUCUGUCGGGACCUGGGCUUCCCAGAAGCCACCGAUGUCUACACGGACGCCUUCUACGGCCCGGGCGCGCAGAGCAUGCCGGUAUGGCUGGACGAAGUCUCGUGUAAAGGUUACGAGAGUUCGCUGAAGUUCUGCUCGCAUGACGGCUGGGGAGUCACCAACUGCGACCACGCCGAGGACGUUAGCAUCAAGUGUUUAGAAUGCAAGACAGUCCGGAUAUCCGGUUCCACCACCUACCAGACGAACACCAUGGGCACCUACACCAUAACGGGAGAGACAUCCGGAUCCCGUCCGGUCUACGCCAUCAACUCCGGAAUCAACACCUAUCUACACUACGUGGAGGCCGCUUCGGCUUGGUGUGUCGGUCCCACCCUGGGAGUGCGCCUAUGCGGGAUAGAGUUCGCCGACACGAGUUAUUACGCCAAUGAGAUUACCGCGACGGCGGAGGUGUUCACCGGGACACCGGGACAGUGGGUGGUCUCACCGCAGGUCCAGAUCAACUGUGAAGGCGUGACGGGUGCCACUAUAGACUGCAACUUUGAUGAUGACGUCUGUGGCUACAUUGCUGACCACAAGGCCAACUUCACCUGGACACAGAUGUACGGUCCAACUCAAACCAGUGGGACCGGACCGGGCUGGGACUACCCAACUGGACAAGGAGGCUACAUGUACAUCGAGACGUCCAUCCCCCGCCAGCCGGGCGACGUAGCCCGUCUGGUCAGCCCGCGUGUGGACGUGUCCGGCCCGUCCUGCCUGCGCUUCGCCUACCACAUGUUCGGCAGCAGCGUGGGGCAGCUCAACGUGUACGUGGACAACCGGGAGGCCGGCUGGAGGCUGGCGUGGAACAAGACCGGAGACAUGGGCAGCGUGUGGCGGGAGGAGAGGGUGGAGGUGGAGGGACCCGGCAUUCAGGUGGUGUUUGAAGGUAUCAGUGGUGACGGUGAAUCAGGUGACAUCGCCAUUGACCAGAUCCAGCUCACAAACGGACCCUGUCCCACUGCGUGCGAAACGAUCCGUAUCGCCGGUACCCCACCCCAGCUGGGUGAUCUAUCCGGUACCUACACCAUGACCGGUCAGAUUGCCAACGCCCGGCCCGUGUACGCCAACAACGCCGGCAACGGGCUCUUCCUGCACUUCGUGGCGACGCAGGAGAUCUGGUGCCUGGGACCCACGGUGGGGACCGGGAACUGCGCCAUGUACACCCCCGGACAGGACCAGUACGCCGAGGAGAUCACCGAGCCGUUCCUGUUCUACAGCGGCGGACUCUGGCUGGUGGCACAGGACGUCAGGAUCACGUGUGAAUCUGCGAGAGACGCGACUUUUGACUGCACGUUUGACGGUGACCUGUGCGGCUACACGGCGGACAGAACAGCCAGCUUCCUCUGGUCCAUGAACAGUGGAUCUACGGCAUCUCCGGACACUGGGCCCGCUGGGGACUUCCCGACUGGUGCAGGUCAGUACAUGUUCAUCGAGUCGUCCACUCCGCAGCAGGCGGGGGACACAGCCCGGUUGGUCAGCCCCGAGGUGACCGUCCAGUCGCCCUCCUGUCUGCACUUCGCCUACCACAUGUUCGGCGGCGACAUCGGGCAGCUCAACGUGUACUUCAGGACUGACGCAGGACUGUCGGUUAAAGUCUGGAGUCUGUCGGGGAACCAGCUCAACGAAUGGCACGACGGGGCUAUAGAUAUUUCACCACAAAGUCUUAAGGUCGAAUUCGAAGGUGUGGUUGGAAAUGGGUACCGGGGUGACAUUUCCAUUGACAAUAUCUACCUCGCGGACGGACCAUGUCCAGCGAACGACUGUACGUCCGAUCCUUGUCACAACGGCGCCACGUGCACGGACCUGCAGACUACCGGCUACACCUGUCAGUGUGCGCCGGGCUGGAUCGGCGAGACCUGCGAUAAAGACUGCGUGACCGUGGAAGUGUCCGGGUCCGCCGCCCUGCAGAUCGACCGGAUGACGAGCUACACGGCUACCGGCGACAUGUCCGGGGGCCGGCCGGUGUACGGCAGUAACACCCUCGCGGGAGACUUCCUGCACUACCUGGGGGCGGACGGCGUGUGGUGCAUCGGUCCCACGGUCGGGGUGUACAGCUGCGGCGCCAUCGUGACCGACGACCACAUGUUCGCGGAUGAAAUCACGGGGACGUUCAUGCUGUGGGACGGGACGUCAUGGGUGUCGUCUCCUGAAGUUAGCAUCCAGUGUCAAAGUGCUGACGCCAGCGCAGGUAUCGACUGUACGUUUGAUGACGGAGUGUGUGGGUAUGUGAUGGACCACAACGCUGACUUCACAUGGGACUGGUGGCGGUACGGCACACCUACCCUUAACACUGGGCCUACAGGCGAUCAUACCGCCUUUUCAGGUUUCUACAUGUACACAGAAGCGUCCGGCCGGCAGCCCGGUGACAUAGCCCGGAUGAUGAGUCCGCGAGUGGACACGACUGGACACGUCUGUGUCCGGUUUAACUACCACAUGUUCGGCAGCGAGACGGGCACUCUGAACGUGCUGAUAGACGACGGACUGACCGGGCUGAGGCAGGUCUGGCACGCCACCGGGGAUCAGGGCAACGUCUGGAACGAAGCCAGGCUGGACGCGCACGGCACAAGUAUACAGGUGGUGUUUGAGGGAGUCCGUGGUAGUGGGGAGCAGGGUGACAUUGCAGUGGACGAUAUCAAGAUGACUGACGGGACCUGUCCUACAGGCUGCUCUACUGUAAGCCUGUCUGGCUCCACCGCCAUGCAAGUCGGGAUGAUGGGCACCUACACCCGCACGGGAACGUCUAACGGCCACCCUGCCUACACCAGUACCUCCACCAACCCGCAGUACUACCUACACUACAUCGAGACGAACCGCGGCUGGUGUGUCGGGCCGGCGGUCGGGAUCCCGUCCUGCGGGAUCAUCGUGGACGACACCAGCCUGUACCCCGAGGAGAUCACCGCCACAUUCCAGCUCACGGACGGGUCCAACUGGGUCCCCGUGCCGGAGGUUCACAUAACAUGCGGUUAAGAAAUGAUCGACUUGCCAGUGAUCAGGAGGAAGACCAAGUGAACGUAGAAUUUUUCCCUGUCAGGGAAACAUAAAAAGUCCAUUGGAAUAAAGUGCAAUGAUUCAAUU